CCGCCAUGGCGCGGGAUCCGGCCUUCGUGCUGCGCUACCUGGCCGAGGUGGAGGAGCUGGCCGAGGACGUGCUGGCGGCGCGGCAGCAGAUCGUCGAUCUGGACGUGAAACGGAACCGGAACCGCGAGGCGCUGCGGGCGCUGCGCAAAGACCCGGAGCCCGAGGGAAAAGCCAUGGUCUGCUUCGGGAGCACGUUCAUCGAGCUGCCCAAGGCCAAGACCGAGGAGAUGCUGCAGAAGGAUCAGGAACAUCUGGAUGAGGAGAUAAACAACCUCCGGAAAGAGCUGCGUGUGAAGGUCAACCGCCUCUAUGAAGCUCAAGGUAAACCUGAGCUGAAGGGAUUUAACCUGAACCCCAUGACGCCGGAGGAAAUGAAACUCAUCAAUCGCAUCCUGGAAGGCUGAGGCAGCUGUGCCACCACAACUGUGUGCAAACACUGCUCAGGGUGCUGUGGCUGGGGAUCACUCACAGUGUUUGCACUGCAUCAGCCGCAGCAUCCAGGAUUUCCAGCACUGCUGUGCUGCUGGAGCCUCUCAUAAAGAGCACGGGGAAAGAUGCAGCUCCUCAGCUACAACUCUUCUGGCUGUAAACUCUCCCUGCUCCUUGCUGAGGAUGGUGGCAGAGCAGUGCAGAGGCAACUGCUGGAACAGUGGCUUAUUCACAGCCUAUGACAAACACCCGCUUGCAAGGGGGAUUAUUAAAAUCAGCACUGUUGGGCAUUCCUAA